AUGUUCUGUAUGUCAAGAUCUGUGAAGAUUGUAAACAGUGAUUCCACAGAAAAUUCAACUGACAAUAAAUUCAUAAGCUCCAGGAAGCUUUAUAACUCAAACAAUCUGAAUAACACGUCAUAUGUUAAACCAAUGGCCACAGAACUCGUUGAUAGUGUGUCAUUCACACCUCAUUCAGAUAAUAAAAUGGAAUCUCAUUUUUCAUGCCCUCAAAGUCAGGAUUUGCCCACAAUGUCUUCGUCAUAUAGUGUCAGUGUCUCUGAUAAAUGCAGUGGUUCCCUGUCAGUUACUAGUCCACCUGAAUUAGCGACCCACUAUUCUUUCCUGAAUCAGAAUCGCAAUCCUCAGUCUAUAUUUUAUACAAAAACAAUGAGCUCACGUCCAGACGCUCAGAGUCAUGAGCAGUGUAAUUCGACAUGUGAUAAUUCUCUUGGGUCUAAAGUCGCAUCAUCGUGUAAUUCAUUUCUAAAUUCAUUGGGAUUUGAUCACCAGUUUACCAGAAAUAAUACUCAGCCACGUAGAACCUCUACGACUGUGUCAAACAAAAAUAGAGACAGUUUCUGCGACUUUGAGACAGUUGACAGUGAGGAUAUCGGAGACAAUGACCAUAUUUCUAAUUAUCAUCAGAAUCAAUCAAAUCCCAAUCUCCUCAGACUUUUAUCCAACUGUAACCAAUUAAUUGGGGAUUCAUCGACGGAAAAGCCGUAUUCAGUAGCAACACUAUCAUCAUUUUUAUAUUCACCAGAACCUUCAGUUUUAAAUACUAACGCAGCUCUUUCUAAUAAAACUUCAACUUUGUUUACUUCAACCCUGAAAGCCAAUUUUAAUUAUUCUAGUGAAAAUUCUUCUCUUGACAGGAAGACAAACAGUCAUCAGGCCGAGAAUGGUGAUGGCGAUAUUGUUGAAAAGUACGACAGUGAGAGCAACUUUAAGUAUAAUGAGACCACUCAUUCAGACACAUACUCCUCAUGGAUGCUUAAAAACUACGUACAAGCAAAUAAUCCAAUCAGGUUAGAUCAGCCAUGUACUAGCAGUGAUGAAAUUCAUGAAGUACCAUUUUCUUCAAUUGAGAAUUAUUCUUCAGAUGUAUAUAACCCCUCUUUAUCACUACCAAUGUCUUUCUCACCUUUCUCUCCAUCAAUAACCCAUGACUGUAGUUCAGUAGAGGGAAUCAGUCAAAAAAAUACAAGUGCUCCUGAUGGCAAUGAAAUUACUGGUAUGGUAAAAUAUGAUGAAAAACACCCAAAUCCAUUAAUUUGUCCACCUUCCUCCACAUCUUCGUCCUCUUGUUCCUCUUCUUCUUCGACGUCAUCAUCACAUUCUGACCAUAACCACCAUAACUAUUUCGUGCAAUCGGAUAUUCCUCCAUAUCUAACAUCACAUCUUCAGGCAGUAGAGUGGAGUUCUAAACUUCAGUACAAUUCUCAUGAUAACAGGUGUCUGCAUCACGAAGACAGACAUCAGGAACAACAAAAGCAACAAAUAUUUCUGCGUUAUCCAAAUCCGACGGAAACUGUUAAGUGGAUGCCUAGACACCUAAUAACGAUGAGUGCACAGGAACAGCAGCAAAUCACAGACUAUAUUCCAUUGGAUGAAUCACACUCAGUGAUAAGUAAACUUCACAUGGAUUAUAAUUCACAAAUUAGCAUCGACAAACAACCUUCAUUAAAUGAAAGUCCUCAAUGCGUUCAAUGUGGAUCAUUCAAUACACAGAACCAGCAAUGGGUUUUUGAUGGAAUGACUGAGCUUUAUCUGUGCAACAAUUGCAGUCAACAAAUUCAUAACAACAGUAUCACUCAGUCUACAAGAAGAAUGCACGAACAGUCUGAUGAUUCCGUUCCCUUCUUAGAUCCAUUAUUGAAUCGUGAGGCGUUGAAUAGACAACGUUCUGAUACUGAUCAUGAUAAUGCUUAUUUAUCUGCUCUAAUUUGGAAUGAUGUAAAGCCAUAUUCAAAGGAUCCUGCACCCAAUUUCAGUUCUACUAACAAUUCAAACGAUAUAGGUAAACGCUUGGAGUCCCAGCUAUCACAAGAGAUUUCAAACUAUCCUCCAUGGUCUCAGUAUACAGUAAAUAUUAUGAAGGAUAUAAAAUUGACUGAUGAAAGGGUUAAUCCAAUACUAAGUGAAGGAAAAAUUCCUGAAUCGUCAAACUCAUUAAGUGUCACAAAUUCUGCGCGUCGCUCGGGACAGUUUUGUACCAACUGUAAUACUUCGGCAACGACACUUUGGAGACGGAAUACAGAAGGAGAGCCAGUUUGCAAUGCCUGUGGACUUUAUUUUAAAUUACACAAGAUCAAUCGACCUAUAUCUAUGAAGAAAGAAGGGAUUCAAACUCGCAAGAGAAAACCACGAAUGAAUACACUUAAAUCCAAUCAGUUGUACGUUGUGAACUCCUCACGCAGUUCCGGUAAAUCUGUGAACAGGAUUACUACACGCAUAAACAACGCCAAAGAGAUUACGAAUAGUUCUCCUCAUCAUAUCCAGCAACAGCAUUUGUCUUACCAACGAACAGAAAUUGGAAGUCAUCCUCCAAUCCCAUCUAAAUUAGUUAAUUUAGCAAACUCAGAUUAUAAUGAACAAGAUACCAAAAGGCAAAAUUUAUCAGAAGGUAAUUCCGAAGCACUGGAUUCAUUGUUUUAUUCCCAUUUAUUCAACGAAAUUCAUUCAACACGGCCAGUAUCUCAUACCACUCAAUUUCCUUCUGCUUCCGUGCCUAUUUCCUCCUACUGUCACCGAAUGAAUUCAAAUGAACUCAAUGCUCCAUUUUAUGGUGAUUAUUAUGGCAAAUGUAGUGACAAUUUUGAGGAUGGAGCAAGAAUAAUAAACCGAUUACCAAUGUUUGAUAGAACUGUGGGACAUACUUCAGCGAAUUCAUUUUUAAACUGGUCAAAUAUGUCUAGGAGAACAGAUGGUGUUACUGACAGAAUACCAACCAACAACACUGAAUUGGAGGGUAGUCGAAAUCCUACAGUCAUUGGUGAAAAUUUUAUUAAUAAUAAUCAUAAUAAUAACGAUGGCUCAGAUAUUCCAUUUAACUUUUCAAAUGCGGUUGUUGACUUCAUAAAUUUUCGAUACCAAGGGACUAAUCAACGAUCUCAAACGGGAAAUUUAAUCCAUUCAACUUUUAAACAGAACAUAACAGAAAAUGAUAAUUCCACGAGUAGUGGAAAGUUGGGAAUGUACCAUACUUCAAGAUCCAAUGGUUUUUAUGAAACAACCCCAUAA